UGCUUAUUAAUAACUUCACUGUGACCAUAGUUUGUAUUUUGAAGUCAGCAUUUAAUUCGCUUUAUUCUAUUGACUAAAAUGCGACGUGGUCGUGCCUUCGGAGGACCUCCGCCUCGUUAUUACAGACCACACACUCGUUUUGUUCCUGUGCCAGUUGCAAUACCUGUCGCCGCUCCAGGUAUGGUAGCAAGUGCAGCAGUUGUUGGUGUGGCCGCAGGAAUGGCUGCCUCAUCCAGCAGAUGCUCCAGAUCUUCACAACAGGGAACUAAUAAUAGCACAAUUAUAAUGUACCAGCAACCACCGCCUCAGCAGAAUCCAGGGGGCUACUACCCUCCCCCUGCACAGCCUCGACCAGAUCUGUGGGCGUGGUUUAGUGCUGUGGACGUGGACAGGUCGGGUAAAAUAAACCCGAGUGAACUUCAGAGGGCGCUCUCAAAUGGACAGACUGACUUCAAUAUUGAGACUGUGCAGAUACUCAUGAAUCUGUUCGACCAGGACCACUCGGGACAGAUCACCUAUGACGAGUUUGUGAGGCUGUUUGAUUUUGUGAACCAGUGGAGGAAUACUUUCAUGGCGUACGACAGAGAUCGAUCGGGAAGCAUCAACUUCCACGAGUUGAAAACAGCGUUGACCAACUUUGGCUACCGACUGUCGGACAGGUUCUACAACCUGAUAAUGGUCCGAUUCACCACCAGGCCCAAGAAUGAAGUCUCAUUCGACAACUUCAUUCGCGUAUGUGUUCUACUGGAUAAUAUUACCAAGAACUUCCAGACAUUUGACACGAACAGAAGCGGGUGGAUCAACAUAUCUUUCGAGCAGUUCACAGAAGUGUUUUUCUCUAUCGUAUAGCCUAAUGUUUGAUUCAUUCUGCUGUAUUUAAUUAAUUGUAGCUACAUGUAUUUAAUUUUUAUCUGCUCUGAAAACUCUACGAUAAUCACAAACACAAGAAGUUUAUGUAAUCUAAGUUUUGCUUCUGAUUCUGAUGGUAAAAGUGUUGGCAAAAAAGUUGUGAGAGAGUUUAGGAAAAAUCAAAGUAAGUGACCUAAAAGCUAAGACCCAUCAUAUCAUCACUAGUAGUGAUCUGAAAAACAUUUAUUUUCAUGAUCAUUCAUUGUAUUUUACAAAAAAAACGUGUUCAGUAACUAACAACAUUAUUUUGCAGAGAAAACUGUACAUGUUUUAGAAUCUCAAGAGUUUUACUUACCUUUUGAACGUCUACGAGCUUGGGUUUGUGAUGCUUACACGAAUAAGUGCUAAUUAUACCAAUGAACUAAUGCUUAAGCCUAAAUCAGAUUUCUUAUCGUGUUUGAUUCAGAAAGUGGAUAAAGUUAUUGCUUUUCUUCUAGUGUGAAAAAUUUUGAAGCUGAGCAUGAGGCUCUAUCAAAAUCUGUUUAUCGAAGUGUACAUAAUUUACUUUUGGACCAAAUUGCUGAUCUACCCUACAGUCUGUCGCUUGCGAUAUCAGUGAUAUGUUUUUCGAAGCAGUCAAUGCAAAGAAGGAAUAUGCAAAGGUCAAUCUAAGUUUUUCAACUGCAUCUUGAGAGAAUAUCAAAAGGUAACUUUGAGGUCAGUGGAACCCCAAGUGGGAGUUAAAAGCAAAUUAUCAAAGAAAGGCUUCCAUUGUAUGAAGUAAACUGUAAGGGUAGAAAGGUGACAGAAAAGAGAUAUGGUAUGGGUAUAUAGCCCUGCUAACCAUUUUGACUUGUGGCUUAGAUAAUUAAUGUAAUAUUUCUUGUGUGCUCAAUUCAUAACUUGAUCUUAAUAAAUA